AUGGAAUCAGGGGACGAAUUCAACGCGAAUCCUCCGCUGGGAUACACGUACUCAUCUGCCCCCAAAUCAGAAUGUGAACUUAGCAUUUCAUCCUACAUGUAUGGAGCUAACAGUGACACUAACAUCAGCAACAUGGACACUGCAGCACCACCGAGAGGAGGUAGCGACCCCAGCAUGUACCCUUCAUCUGAUAACAAGGCACAGGUCCGUCCACGGUUCAUCAGGAGAACUUUAUGGUUUGCCGACGCUGACGAGCAAACGUUUGAGGCGACGGAAUGCGAGCGCCACAACAAGAUCCGGAAUAUAAACCUUCUAGCAGCCACACACGGGACAGCGGGAGCUCGCGUAGGCUUUGUGGUACCAGAGGGGUCCGGGGCCGAUAGUCUUGGCCAAACGGACAGCGCCUUAGAAAGCGGCAGUUCGGAUGUGUGUAAGGAGAAAAGCGAAGCGGAGGAGAAGUCCAGGGAUAACUCUGCGGUAAAUGCGCAUAGCAAUGGGAAAGCACAGAGCGACGAGAAUGAAGAGGAAGCAGAGAUGAAAGCGGUCUCCACGUCCCCGAGUGGUAGAUUUCUGAAGUUUGACAUUGAGCUUGGAAGAGGCUCCUUCAAGACGGUCUACAAGGGCCUGGACACCGAAACUUGGGUCGAGGUUGCCUGGUGUGAACUUCAGGAUCGUAAGCUGUCCAAAGCGGAGCGGCAGAGGUUCAAGGAGGAGGCGGAGAUGCUGAAAGGGUUACAGCACCCCAACAUCGUGCGCUUCUAUGACUUCUGGGAGUCACUGCUGAGGGGGAAGAAGUGCAUCGUGCUGGUUACAGAGCUGAUGACCUCAGGGACCCUGAAGACGUAUCUGAAGCGCUUCAAGGUGAUGAAGCCCAAAGUCCUGCGCAGCUGGUGCAGGCAGAUCCUGAAGGGCCUGCACUUCCUGCACACGCGCGGCCCUCCCAUCAUCCACCGCGACCUCAAGUGCGACAACAUCUUCAUCACCGGGCCCACCGGCUCCGUCAAGAUCGGAGACCUGGGGCUCGCCACCCUGAAGAGAACCUCCUUCGCCAAGAGCGUCAUCGGCACUCCAGAGUUCAUGGCCCCAGAGAUGUAUGAGGAGCACUACAACGAGCUGGUGGACGUGUACGCCUUCGGGAUGUGCAUGCUGGAGAUGGCCACCUCCGAGUACCCCUACUCUGAGUGCCAGAAUGCCGCCCAGAUCUACCGCAAAGUCACCAGCGGUGUGAAACCAGGCAGUUACAACAAGAUCACAGAUCCUGAAAUUAAGGAGAUUAUCGGAGAGUGCAUCUGCUACAAAAAAGAAGAGAGGUACACCAUACGGGAGCUUCUGGACCAUGCCUUUUUCGCCGAGGACACGGGGGUGAGGGUGGAACUGGCAGAGGACGACGACGGGAAGAAGACCUCCAUCGCCCUCAAACUGUGGGUGGAGGACCCCAAAAAGCUCAAGGGCAAAUACAGAGACAGUGGCGCGGUCGAGUUCACCUUCGACUUGGAGAAGGAGGUCCCGGAGGACGUGGCUCAAGAAAUGGUGGAGUCAGGCCUCUUCCAGGAAAAUGACGUGAAGAUUGUGGGGAAGUCCAUACGUGACCGGGUCGCCCUGAUCCAGUGGAAGCGGGCGAGGAGAGUGACGGGGGCUCCGGCCUGUAACGGAGAAGAGCAGGGGGCCCAGGACCGGGUGCAGGGGGUGCAGGGGGCCCAGGACCGGGCGCAGGGGGUGCACGAGGCGCAGGAGCCAGAGCCCCUGACGGUGCAGCCUGCCCCAGUCCUGCAGGACCCCGCUCACGCGCUCACGACCCAAAGCUGCCAGCAGCCUCCGUUUGGGCCAGAGGACCCGGCGUCCGACCAGAGCGCUGCCAUCGUCACCCUGCACGACAGCGCCACCUCUGGCCAAUCGGACAGCACCUUUGGCAGUGGUCUGAGCUCCAUGUUGUACUCAGACAGCCAGCACAGCGCCCCCUACCAAUCCCAACAGGAGCCCUGUCCCAUUUCCUCAUCUACACAGCAGGUGUGCAGCCCUCCAGCGGAGCCCUUAGGCCCGCUGCACCAGGGGACCUAUCCCCCGUCUUCAGCACAGCUGCAUCAGGGGGCCCACACCCAGCCCUCAAUGCAGUUGGCACAGGGAGGUUAUCCCCAGUCUGCACCACAGCAGCUCCAGGAGGCCUACCUCCAGCCAUCUGCCCAACUGCACCAGGUCGCCUAUUCCCAGCCAUCAACCCAGCUGCACCAGGUGGCCUAUUCCCAACCAUCAACCCAACUGCACCAGGGGGCCUAUUCCCUGCCAUCAACCCAACUGCACCAGGGGGCCUAUUCCCAGCCUUCAGCCCAACUGCACCAGGGGGCCUAUCACCAGCCUUCUGCCCAGCUGCUUCCAGGAGAUUACCACCAACCAACUGCACAGAACAUCCGGCCGGCCGGUCCGCCCAGCCAGCCCCCAGAGCAGACCUUCCAGGAGCCUGGACCGCCCGAGCAGGCCUUCCCAGCUGCACUGUCACCUCCACCUGCCCAGCAGGACUCUCUCUCUGACAGACAGCCCCUCCUGCAGCAGGUCCCGCCCCCUGUCCCAGGCCACACCUCUCAUGCAGUGACCCAGCCCAUCCAGACCUCUCCCCCGUUCCAGAUAUGCACAACCUCCGCACAGUUCUCCCUGCCAUACCCCGUCAUCCCAGCAGGGGGCAGCCUUGCUGAAUGCGCUCCCUUCCCGAUGUCCCUCGCCCCCCCCACCGCAGGCCUGCCCUGCAGCUGCAUGGUGAGCCCAGCCAUGCCCACCCCCAUCCCCACAGCCAGCCCUGCGCCCGCCCUCGCCCCCCCCAUGCGGUCCCUGCCCCCUGGGGUGCCCUCCUCUCCGCACCCCGCGGCCGCGCCCACGCUGGCCCCGCCCCAGGCCGUGAGCACAGACCCCCUGGCCGCACACCCUGCUCAUGUCCCCGCAGCCCCGCUCCACGGCGCCCCCUGUCUUCCACAGCCGGCACUGCACCACCAGCCCCCGCUGGGCCGCUCCCUGCCCGAUCCGACCCCGCCCUCAGAACUCACCCCGCCCUCUCUGCCUGAACAAGCCCCGCCUUUUCUUCAGCCCGUGGUCCAGGAUCCAGCUCCAGUCCUGAGGGCCCCGCCUCCCCCCGGCGUCAGCCAACCCGUGAGUCAGCACAGCCCUGUUACCACGGAGAUGCCAACCCUGACACCUGCAGAGUCCAACUUCAUGGAGUCUCGAGCAGAAAAACCAUUACUGUAUCAAAACUACACCUAUGACAGUCUGAACUCGGACACGGCGUCUGGCAGGGAGAUGAGUGACAGCGCGGAAGGGACUCCCGGCGGCGGGAAGAUCGAGGGCAAACAACGGAAACACCACCGCAAGUCCGCACGCACCCGGUCCCGCCAGGAGAGGUCCAGCAAACCCAAACUGAGCAUGCUCAACGUCUCUGACACCGGAGACAAGAUGGUGCAGUGCCAGCUGGAGACUCACAACCACAAAAUGGUGACGUUCAAGUUUGACCUGGACGGAGACGCCCCUGAGGAAAUCGCCACUUACAUGGUGGAGAAUAACUUCAUCCUGCUGGCGGAGAGGGAGGUGUUCAUCGAGCAGCUGAAGGACAUUGUGGAUAAAGCGGAGGACAUGCUGAGCGAGGAGCAGGAGGGGGGGAGGAGCUCUGACCAGGGAACCAGUCCUGAGAAGGGAAGCACCGAGCAGGUGGGCAGCCAUCGGCCAAUCACGGGACUCCCAGACCACAGGAGCCAAGCAGAGCAGCCUGUGUACCAGCAGAACGUGCUCCACACUGGGAAACGGUGGUUCAUCGUCUGCCCUGUAGCUGAAACCUCCGCCCAGGAAGAGGAGGAGGAGUCACCUAAACAGCACAGCAACACAGAUCCGCUGGCCAGCUCAUGGCCGGAGGGCGUGAUGAGAUCACUGGGCUCCGCCCCCUCGCCCUCAGCCCCCCAGCUCUACAGCCAAUCAGAGGGCCCGGCUCGGUCCGCCCAGGCGGCCGAGCUGGCCGAGGAGGUGCCCUGCUGCCCCCUGGUGCCGGCCCUGACCUCCGACCUGACCUCCGACCUGACCUCCGACCUGACGGCGGUGCCCCUGCUCCCGCCCGCCCGGCCCCGCCCCGGCCCCGCCCCGCACCCCGGGCCGGUCCUGCAGCAGCCGUGCGCCGCGCCCAUCCUGCAGCCUGGGGGCGGGGUCAAGCAGUCCUCGCUGCCCCAGAGCCCCGCCCAGGUCUCCACGCCGGGCCCCGGGGGCCCCGCGCAGCCGGCCGGGCCGGGCGAGUCGGACGGGGAGGGGCCCCCCCGGGCGGGGCUGGUGGACAGCACCAUCAAGACGCUGGACGAGAAGCUGCGGAACCUGCUGUACCAGGAGUACGUGCCCCUGUACCCCUCCGGCAGCGCGGCCGGGACCCCCGGGGAGCACGUCUACUCCCCCGGCCCCGGGGCCGAACGCCAGGCCCACGGGCCCCCGGGCGACAGCUUCUCCAGGAAAGGAGACCAGCUGCCUCAGAUCCCAGAGAGACAGGGCAGUCUCAGCUCACUCAGUGACUCUGUUAUCAGUGCUUCAGCCCGGGGUGGAGCCAAGAGUCACACAAUCUCGCAUUCUACUUCCUGUUCUGGGGCCCGGAGUCGGUUCAAGUUCAUCAUGACUCCUCAGGCCCCGCAGGACCUGAGCUUCACUCAGGAGAAGAAGCUGAGGAGCUGGAGCGCGUGUGGCUCUCCGGCGCCCUCCGGUGGCCCAGACUGGGACAGCAAGGCGCCCGGCGGCGGCGGCGGCGCCCCCCCGGGCCGGCUCUCGGAGGCCGGCGGCAGGGACGAGGCGGCCGUGCGGACACGCCGGAACACCUUCUCCUCCAGCCAGGACUUCUGCCUGGGCGCCCCGCCGGCGGCCCCCCGCAUCCCCCCCGUGCCCCGGGCGUACACCUGCAGCCCGCUGGACCGGUCCCGCCGCGCCCGCCGCCUCUCCACCGACUCCGGGGAGGAGAGCAGCCCGGCGAAGGCGCCCCAGCCGCCGGCCGGCCACGCCCGCGGCCACGUGCGACGGCGCAGCCGCGACCUGAUGAAGAAGGCGGUGGCCUUCCUGCGCCGCUCCGGCCGCAGCAGCAGCGUGCAGAGCUCCGACUCGCCCAGCCGGCCGGACGCCACGCCCGCCCACCUCUCCCUGCAGUCCUACUACUCCUACGCCAGCAGCGACAACGAGUCCGAGCUGGAGGACGCCGACAUGAGGAGGGAGCUGCAGAGACUCAGGGAGAAGCACUUGGAUGAGAUCACAGAGUUGCAGGCCUAUCACAGGAGUGAGGUUGAGGCUCUGUAUACCAAACUGGGAAAGCCAUUUCCUUCCACUCUGGGGGUGUCCCACACAGCGCCCCCCACUGGCCGGAGGCGGAGAGCCAACAAGCACAGGCUGAAGGCUGGAAAACUCUUCAGCCCUCUGGUCCAACAGCUGAAGAGUGCAACCAGUAAAAGCAGUGAGCCCGUGAAAGGGACUGAAUCACCACUGAAGGACGUGGGCCUGCUGGAUGGCUCAACCCCCUCCGCUACUGCCACCCCGCCCCCCUCAGGACCAGAACCGGUCCAGAAACAGCCCUGCUCACUUAAGAGUUCACUGUCCUCUGACAACAUCUACACAGGCCAGGGCCAAGGUUGGACGCAGCAGCAGCACCCAGCCGCAGAGAGGGUCACCUACAAACCCAGCGGCAAAGCUCGAGCCCGUUUCCUGGGCGGGCCUGUCUCUCUCUCCAUCUGGUCCACUCUGCGGCGCUUGUGCGUGGGUAAAGAUCGUGGAAACAGGUCGACCAAUAGCGGCGCGACGGCCACAGCGCCGUCCAAUCGGCAGCACUCUGCGAUGUCUACCCCUCCUCCCCAUCAGCCGAUCGCGGGGUUCGCCCAGGCCCAGGCCAACAACAGCAAUAACACGAGAGGCUCCUUCACAGACGACCUGCACAGGCUGGUGGACGACCUGGCCAGGGGGACCCUGGAGGCAGCGCUGUCCAGGCCCACUUCCAGUCCGGACCGGUCCAGCUCCAGCUCAAACAGGUCCACCCCCAACCAUGCCGGCCUGCAAUGGCUGUGGAAUGAGAUCGGGGCCUCGGAGGUGAAUCUAGUCAGCUCGCCUUUGGCUGCAUGUGACACUUCUCUGCCCGCUGCCCCAGAGAUGGGGGUCCUCGUCAGCUGCCUGACGCCCACCCGGCCUCUGGGGAGGGCCCUGUCCGUGCCCCUGUACGCAGCACUGUGGUCAGGUGGGGUCGAUUCGGGGAUCGCCCCAGGGACCGCCAUGUUCCCCCCCGUAAAGGGCCUCGCGCCCCAGGCCACGCUGCUCCAAGAUCCCAUCAGCCCCAAGUCAGAGACCACCUAGGAGGGAGUACCUGAAUGCAGCAUGGCCCAAACCCCCCUGUGCAUAUGUAUAAAAGGUGUGAAUAUCUGCACAACGUGUAUAUACACCGUGUGCAUGUGUGUGUGUGUGUGUGUGUGUGUGUGUGUGUGUAGAUAUCCUGGAUGCUUGUAGGUGGGUGUAGAUAGCCAGCUUGGGUGUAGGCAUCCACUGUGUGUGUGUGCGUGUGUGUGUGUGUGUGUGUGUGCGCGUGCGUGCGUGUGUGUGUGUGGUUAGCGUGUGACUCUGUAUAUAAUCUGUAUGCUUUACAGCCGUGCUGUGUGAAGUUGCCAUGCGGUCACUGUGAAGCGGUUCCACUCACAGCUUAGUAUUAACAUUAGUUCUGGGACUGAUAUUUUGAACCUAAGUUAUAUGCUCCUAUUUAAUGAAUACAAAAAUAAAAUGCUGUGAUGGUUGUAAAAUUCAUCAACGUGUUUAAGCGGAGCUCUUCGGCGUUCAUCUGCAUCUCGCUGACAAUCCACUCUGCUAUCAAUCCAGUAUAUAUAUAUAUAUGGUGACCAGCUUCCCUUGAGUACCGUGUAUACAAAGCAAUCAGAAUCACAACCUACUGUAAUGGCAAGUAGAAUCAGGAAAAAACCCCAUUCAAAUAUGCUACAACUAAAACACAGGAGAAGCGAUAUUUUCUCAGAAUAAGUCGGACACGGUCUGGUGUAAACGGGACGUCUGGUCACCCUAUGUAUACAGCACGGGGAGUAGCGUUUGAGUUACAACAUUAACUCUGGGACAGUGCUUCAUCAAUGUAAAAUAACGUGUGCAAUUUCAGUGACGCACAACGCUUGUAAAUGCUGAACGAUUUAGUUGUUUCAGAUUAUGAUAUGCAUUCAGGCAAGGAGCCUUAAUAAUUGUUGACUAGGGAUUUAGCGCUGCACUCAACAGCCAUAGACUAUACAUGAACUUACUGUACAUUUUUGGCGAGGGAAGGCAUUAUUAUAAUUUGGAAUUAAUUUGCAAUUUAUAUAAUUACCAUUAUGAAAGAUGUACUGUAUCUGAUGUAGGUGAAGAGCGGGCUGAUUUAGCUUGCCGUCCUUUAUAGCCAGGGCUGUGCUUACCAGAUCCCAGGUCUGUGCGAUUGAGUGUGUGAUGAUAAGCAGGCAUGUUCCAGUGCAUGCACUGUCCUGCUGCAGCAGGUUUGACCAGUGUAGGGGCAGCUGGGUGGCUCAUCCUGUCGAGGCGCUGUGUUGUCUUAAGGAUGACCCGCCACUAUGCUGAACAGCAGAGAAAUAACCCCUACGUGAUCUUUUUUCAACUUGAAAUUUUAUGACCAUAUUUGUGAUGAGUGACAGGUUGUUUAUUCAUGUGAAAUAGAUUUGAAAAAUAGAAAUUCAGUUCAUUAUGUUCGGGGUUUUAGUGAAGGCGGGCCGUUUUUGACCCUUACGACCAGGGGAGUGUACAGCACGUUAAGGGGUUAAGGCUCUGUUUUUGCGUAUGAACGGACCCUGUGACCCUGUGAUGAGUUAUCUACCGUGCAGUGGCGACUUAGACUGGCAGCCCCACGGGGCAACAUUGAGUGGCCUCUAAUGUCGCCCAGGGAGUAGAGUGGAACAGUUACCGGGGUGACCAAAGCGCCACAGAAAAUGAUGAAAGUAUUAUCAUCGCCAAUCAGCGCGGGUUGAAUUCAUGAGUUAAAAAAUUGGUCCAAAUCAGGAAAGUAGCAAAGGCUGCCCCCAAUGAGCUACCAUAUGCAACUGGCCAUUUAAAUUCAGGGGUGGGGGGGGGGGGGAGAAGGGGGUCAGCCAGGGUCAGCCCUGGGGAUUACGUUUGGGCCUGGGUCUGACGAAGAAGCAAGGGCUCUCUCAGCUUCAAUCUUUGGUUAAUUUGCAUAACCUGAUCCGUUUGUGCAGAAACAAGUUACUGGGCUGCUAAUAUUUUUCUGUGUUUUGGACCAAAUUUCCAGACCAGAAUAGGAUACAAAAAAAAAAAAAAAAACUUUGUAUUACACCUGCAAGCCUUGUGGAUGGUAUCAAUAAAAUUUCACCACUUUAAAACUGACCGUAUCAAGCCUGGCAAACAAAUGGAAGAAUUCCUGACUGUAUUGAACGCGUGAACGCGUAUGUGUUCUGUGAAAGGCAUGUGUUGCUGUUUGAGUGCACAUGCGGGCCCAGUAUCUUGUUUCCUGCAGGAGUGUUUGCUGACACAGGCCGACAGGCACUGCCAGCGGCCCAUUCAGGUCUUCAGUAAAUAAUACCAGUGGCUUCCUGUCCUUCCCUCAAAUGUAUAUUAUUCCAUCAAUUCAAUUUGAAUUGAACUUUUUUACAAAUAGUAUGCAGAGUCCUCUGCUUUAGCAAAAAUACUUCCAGUUUAAGGAGGCCUCUCUUAUCUCGUAUCUACCGUGGUGCACCUGAGCCUACACGUCCAUCUCCAUGUCCCUCUGUCAGUCUGAGUCUGUAUGUCCAUACGUAUGCCAAAAAUCCGUCCGUCUCGUCUGCACAGCCGAGAUUGUAUGUUCCGCCUACACACCUGGGUCUGUCUGUCUGUUCUGCUGUACGUCUGAGUCACGAGCAAACCCGUAAGCAGAGGCCAGAAUGUCGGAUGCGUGUCCUGCUACUCUGUGUACAGUUCUUCCCCCCGGUCAGCUAUAUCUCCUGACCUGCUCAAUAGCCCUUAACCACAACGACUGUACAUGUUUAAAGACAAAUAAACCUAUUUUGAGCUUGA